AUGUAAAAUUUUAUUAUUUAGGGAGAUUUAGGAAAAGGUUCUCAUGCAAGUGUAAAAUUAGCAAUUCAAAAAAAUACAGGAAUUUAUUUUGCAUUGAAAAUUUAUUAUAAAUUUAAUCUUUUAGACUAAAAUAAACUGAAAAAUGUUAAAAGAGAAAUCUCGAUUUUAAAAAGAAUUUAACAUUAAAAUGUAAUAGGAAUAAAAUAUGCUUUUGAAGAUAAAUAAUAAGUAAAAUAAAAAAAUAAUAUAUAUAUAUAAAUAUUAAUUAAAAAAUAUUUAAAUGAAUAAAUUAAAAAAGAUUUAAUACCUGAAUUUGAAGCUAAAUAUAUUUUUAAAUAGAUAGUUAGUGCUAUUGCUUAUUGCCAUUCUAAGAAUAUUGUUCAUAGAGAUAUAAAACUUGAAAAUAUUCUUUAUGAAAACUAAAAUGUUAAAAUUAUUGAUUUUGGAUUUGCUGUUUGUACAAAUUUAAAAAUUAAAAUUUUUUGUGGCACUCCAACUUAUAUGUCCCCUGAAAUAGUUUCAAAAAUAGAAUAUUGUGGUAAAAAAUCUGAUAUUUGGUCUUUAGGUAUUGUUCUUUAUAUUAUUUUAGUUGGAAGAUGUCCAUUUUAUGCACAUUCAGAUAUUGAGUUAUUUAAAAAAAUUAAAAAUAAUAAAUUAGAAUUUCCAGAUAAUUUAAAUCCUUAAGCUUUUAAUUUAUUAAAUAAAAUUUUAAGAAAAAAUCCUGAAGAAAGGCCUUUUUGUGAAGAAGUAAAAAUUAAUCAAAUAAUUUUAUAAAAUUCAUUUUUUUUUUUUAGAUUUUAAAUGAUUAAUGGUUUUAUUGAAUAUUUGUUUUUUUAAGAUAUAAUUUUUAUGUAUAUAUCAUAUAUUUUUCAAUAUUUUUAUUUAUUUUUUUGGAAAUAUAAUUUAUAAAAGUAUUGUUUAUAAGAAUUAAUAUUCAAAAAAAAAAAAAACUUAAAAUAUUAUUUUUUUUAAACAUAAACUAAAUGA